UCGAAGUAGACGGACCAAGUUCAAGGUAAGCAAAGGUGCUCUGUCUCUGCUGGGGCUGGAAGUUGCGGAUAAAUAACCUGAACGAGAAUGUAUAAUGUUCUUCAUUAAUGUUUUUACCUGUGUCAUAAUCUGAAUAAUUAAAUAAGAUAUUCUCAACUAUGGAUACAUUGCAGAGGUUUUAAGAGUUGCCCUAUGAAGCUUUGUCAUUUCUUCUUGCUGGGCUGUACCUUAGGUUUUCUAGGUACCGAUGCCCAGCUCUUGACGGAUCGGCCGCUGCCUAUUGAUCAAUUACUACAGAUCGUUUGGGACCCAGGUGCUCUCAUACAUAUGUGGACAGCACUUGAUCAACUGUACAACAUCGCCUUGGGUUGGAGGAGUGCAGCCAAGACUGUGAUUACUUUACCGUUCAGGGAAGGGAGAUCCAUGGACCACAUUCGAUUCCAGGAGCCCAGGAAGUACAAGUACUGGCACAGGCAGAUGGACGUGCCUCACUGGGAAAGAUUCAACGCUAUUUAUUCUGGACAACCAAGCGCUUCUGUUCAGAUGCCAGUCAAGCAGCAUUAUAUGUUGCCACCACCACAAUUUUUGGUCCAUCCGCAAGACAUUUUCCCGCCAGGAUGGGCACAAAAUCUAGCAGUGGCCAACAGGGAUGAUAAAAGACUGCGAGAUAUUAAACAUCUCCUGCAAACCAAAGCCUUUUUGGACAAACUAGCUCAGACUAAUGGAAAAUUGAAUGAGAAACAACCUAAUAUUCCCAUUCCUCUGUUUUUCUCGAACUCAAAUGGGGCUCUAACUUCGAAUCCUGAAACGAGAUUGAGAAUGUUCUUGAAACUUAUGAAACAACUUGGUGACAUGCAUACAAGUAGGGUAGAUUUUGAUGACUCGAAAGAAGAAAAUGGUUAUAAUAGAUGACAAGCUGUAUUAUUCAACAGGACCAAGUAUAGCAUUCUUCCAAAGCAUGUUUAUCUGUUCGGCAUUACUAGUUAGGAACGGCACUAACAUUAGAAAAUACUCCUGAAGUAGUCAAUCGUUCAUCUGUCGCUUGUUUCAAGCUUUCGAUAAGCAUCGUUUGUUAUGACUUCAUAUGUUAAUCAGCUAGCUGUACGACAUAAUCAUUUUUCAUAAAUGUAAUAUCUCAGAUAAUAUUUAUUUAUAAAUAUAUUGGACUUCGAGCAUUUCUAAAAACUUUUUUUUACUUUUCAUCAGAAAAGAAGACAUCUUGCUACUUGUCAUUCGAAUGCAGAGAAUUUGGUUAUUUGAUAUGAGAAAUACAGUAAGGAUAUGAAGUUAAUAUAUAUAUAUAUAUAUAUGUUCAGCAAUACAAGUCACUAUCAAUUCAUUAUACUUGAAAAAUAAAGUUGAAUAAUAUUUAUUCCUGUUAUUAAUUAAUAAUUAAUAUUAAAU